AUGUUGUUUCUGUCGCUGAUCGUGGUUUUAGUUUCGCUUCUUUUAUUCGCCGCGCGACGACGUCAUGGAUAUUGGCAGAGGCGGGGUAUUCCCCACGAUGUGCCACACCCACUCUACGGAAAUAUAAAGGACUGGCCAAAGAAGCAACACAUUGCCAAGAUAUUCCAGGACUACUACUUAAGAUACAAGGGUUCGGACUAUCCCUUCGCUGGAUUCUACUUUUUCUUCACCCGAACCGCUGUAAUCACCGACUUGGAGUUGGUCAAAAGAGUCAUGAUCAAGGACUUUAAUCACUUCGAGAACAGAGGUGUCUUUUACAACGAGAUCGAUGAUCCCCUUUCGGCUACUCUGUUCUCAAUUGAAGGUCAGAAGUGGCGACACUUGAGGCACAAACUUACGCCCACUUUUACAUCCGGAAAAAUGAAGCAUAUGUUCCCCAUAGUCGUUAAAGUUGGAGAGGAAAUGGAGAAGGUGUUCAGCGGUAAAAUAGCUUUGGGGGAAGGUAGUGUUUUGGAGGUUGUGGAUCUGGUGGCACGCUACACCGCUGAUGUAAUCGGAAAUUGCGCCUUUGGUCUUAAUUGCAAUAGUUUAUAUAAUCCGCAAGCUGAUUUUGUAACAAUGGGCAAACGGGCGAUCGUGGAGCAUCGCUAUGGCAAUAUGCUGGAUAUAUUUCUUUUCGGAUUCCCCAAAUUAUCACGUCGCCUGCGUUUAAAACUGAACAUCCAGGAAGCAGAGGACUUCUACACCAGAAUCGUUAGGGAAACCAUUGACUACCGACUGAAGUCCAAGGAGAAGCGAAAUGACUUUAUGGACAGUCUGAUAGAAAUGUAUAAGAAUGAGCAGGCUGGAAACUCGGAGGAUGGUCUUACCUUCAAUGAGCUAGCACAGGCUUUCAUUUUCUUUGUGGCUGGAUUUGAGACGAGCUCCACGACCAUGGGAUUCGCACUUUAUGAACUGGCUCAGAACCAGGAUGUCCAGGACAAACUCAGGGAGGAGAUAAAAAAUGUUUUUGCCAAGCACAACAACGAGUUUACCUACGAGGGCAUUAAAGAGAUGAAGUACCUUGAACAGGUUGUUAUGGAAACACUUCGCAAGUACCCCGUUUUGGCGCAUCUUACGAGAAUGACUGAGUCGGACUUUUCGCCGGAGGAUCCAAAGUACUUCAUUGCCAAGGGCACAAUUGUUGUGAUUCCAGCUCUGGGUAUUCACUACGAUCCGGAAAUCUAUCCCGAACCGGAGAAGUUCAAGCCGGAACGUUUUACUGAAGAGGAAAUCGCCGCCAGACCUUCUUGCACUUGGCUUCCAUUCGGAGAAGGUCCCCGAAAUUGCAUUGGACUUCGAUUUGGUCUAAUGCAAACCUGCGUGGGAUUGGCUUAUCUUAUCAAGGGAUAUAAGUUUAGUGUCGCCCCGGAGACACAAAUCCCCAUGAAGAUUGUCGUCGGCAACAUUCUAAUCUCCGCCGAGAAUGGAAUCCAUCUCAAAGUGGAGAAGGUGUGAAAUAAGUUGAAAAAACAUAAUUGAAUCAGUUUAUUUAAUGAUUCGAAUCCAAUAAUAUAGUUAAUAAAGAACAGCUUAGUAUGCUCCAAUACAAAGUGCAACAACAA